UAAUACACUUUGAUAUCUGGUAUGGUUAGAUCAUCUUCCAUCAUAUUAUUUUUCACUAUUUCCAUUGAUAAUCUUGACCUUGUUUAGUGAAAAAUAAUAUGAUGGAAGAUGAUCUAACCAUACCAGAUAUCAAAGUGUAUUAUUAUAAAGUACUUAUCUUCAAACUAAUCUAUUAUUGAUGAAGAAAGAGUAGUGAAUCCGUGGAAUAGAGUAGGUACACACAAUAUGCACAGUAGAAAUGACUUUAGUAAUGUUGUGUUUCUUACAUGCAAAAAUCCAUAUUUUAGGGUCAAGAACUCACUGGGUCAAAAACUGCUGGGAAAACCAGAAAGCAUUUUGCCAGAAACUAGAUGUAGACCAAUGCCGCACAUCAUGUAUCAAGAUAAGGUCAAAGUGGCAUUUGAUUUAUGCAUUCAGGGUAAUGCCAGAUUUAAAUUAGGGGGAAAAGAAUUAUCAAAUAAAGGACAGAGAACAUGAUAGGAGGUGCAAUGGAUCAUAUUCAUUACCUUUAAAAGUUUUCCACACAAAACCAGAGAGAAAGAAGAAAAAUGGGAAAAAAUUUAAAGAUCUGAUUAAGGCCUCAUUUCUCAAAGAUAUAGAGCACUGGAUCAACUUUAUAAAGAAUACAGGUUGUUCCCCAAUUCAUAGAUCCUAAAAUUAUAUGAAUAAUCAGUUUUCAGAUGAAGAAAUAAAAACUGUCUCUAGCCACAUAAAAAAGCACUGAAUCACUAUGAAGAAUACAAAUUUAAACAACUCUUACUUACCUUUUCAUGCCUAUCAAAUUUUCUUAACGAGACAGGAAAGGAAAAUGAAAAAUGUUGGAGGUGAUGGGGGAAUAUUUGAGACACUAAUGUACAGAUCGUGGAAUUGUGAACUGAUUCAUCUAUUCUAGAGAACAUUGUGGAUAUAUGCUCAAGGAGCUAUGCAAUUGUGCAUAUUCUUUGACUUGGCAAUAUCACGACUAAGACAGUAUCCCAAAGAGAUUAUAAAUUUUAAAAAAAUGAAAAGAAAAUGUCCCUAUAUGUACAAAAUAAUUCAUGGCAGUUCUUUUUCGUGUUGAAGAACUUAAAAUUUCAGGGAUAACAUUCAAUUGUGAAAUGGCUGAAAAUUUUGUGGUAUAUGAUUGUAAUAAUAUUAUUGUGACAUGAAAUGAUGAUUAAGAUGCUUUCAAAAAACCUGGAAGACUUAUAUGAACUGAUGCAUAAUGAAGGGAGCAGAAGCAGAACACUGGGUGCAUGAACAGCAAUACUAUGCAAUAAUCAAUUGUAAAUGACUUUGCUAUGCCCAGAAAUACAAAGAUUGAAAGACAGUUCUGAAGAACUGAAAAAUGUUAUCCACUUACAGUGGAAAAGGUGAUGGAAUCUAAAUGCAGAGCAAAACAUAUUUAUUUUACUUUAUUUUCCUUUUUACCUGGUAUGUUUUAUUUCUCAACAUGAUGAAUAAGGAAGGAAAUAUGUUUUACAUGACUGCAUAUGUAUAAUCUUUAUCAAAUUGCUUACCUUUUUAAUGAGGUUGGAGACCAGGGUGAGUAGGAAAGAAUUUGGAACUUAAAAUAGAUUUUAUAUGUCCUUAGAAAAAAUUUUAAUUAUUAAAAAUGUCUUAAUGUGCUUAUAUACUGAAAGGUAGAAAGUUCAGCAAAAUCAUUGGUCUAGGGGAGACUGUAACACAGUCAGAUAUAUAUUGCUAAUUAUUAAGGAAAAGAUACCGGUAAAGUAUAGGUGGAUGGCUUAUAAUUCCAGUGCAAAGCUAGACUGACCAGGCCAACUGUACUGGGAGGAAAUUUUAUUCUUACUGUUGCUUCAGAUGUUUUAGGCUUUCAUUAUUAUUACUAUUAUUAUUUUUGUAUUUAUAGGUGACAACGAACUGGGGCUUUGUACUUGUAUCUUCUUUGAUCCAGCAGAUGAGGAUGGAAAGGAACCAGGGGUUUUUAUAACUGAAAUUAUUGAAGGAGGUGCAGUUCACAAACUUGGAUGUAUCCGUGUAUUUGACCAGAUUAUUAAAAUAGGUGACAUCAAUCUAAUUGGAUUGGAUGAAGCAGAAAUCGUCUCUACUUUUAAAAAAAUGGACGAUUCUCCUUUCCAGAUUGAAAUUGGCCGCGAACCACCUGAAGUCAAGUCAGAACUUAUCGAACUCCUUGAGUUGUCAGAGGAAAGGAAGAAAUAUUUUAUGGAUUCGCUCAUAGUACAGGAAAAAAUUGGAGAUAUCACUAUUGUGAGAGGACAAGCAAGUAUUUGUAGAAGUCCAAGAGUACCAUGGUUCUGGAUGGCCAGUGACCUGAAAUUUGUUAUUGGGGUACUGAAAAUAUUAAUAGAAGAAGAUCAGGGAUGUAGAAAAGACUUCCAAGCUAUCUUUGAGCAGGCUAACAUUUUUCAAGACAAUUAUAAAGACAUGAACACAUACAAUGUGAAUAUGGAACAGAAACCUGAUGAAUCAGAUAAAGAAGGCACAUUUUUACCAUUGGCCCCAGAAGAAGAAUUUUUACUAGGACAAUUUAAAAUAAAGCCUAAAGAGAUAAAAAAUGAAGAUUUAUCACCAGAGCAAUUAUUAGCCCAAGGGGAUUUCAAUUCAGGUGAGAAAAAUGAGGCUCAGAGAAGAUAUUCAGAUAGUUACCUUCCCAGCUGUAACUUCAUGGCUUCUGGCUCUAAAAUGAAGAACAUAGAGACCCCAAUAAAAAAAGAAAAAGAAGAAGAUGAAAUAGUAGUGGAGGAAGAGAUUAUUAGCACUGGAAAACCUACAGAGGGGAAGGCUAAAAAGAGAUUUUCCUGGUUCCGCAAUAUCAAAGAACGCAAGCUGUGGAACUUCUUUCAUUUUAAAAAACAUGACAAACAAGUAAAGAAUGUGCACAAGUGGGAAGAAAUUGAUCAAGAGGUAUUGAAAGAUUACUGUCCUUAUUCUACUGAAGCCCCUAAAACAUUGCCAACAGAGUGGACAAAUAUUGAAGUUGGUAAUUGGUUAUGGAGCAUUGGAAUGGAGGAGUAUGUUGUAAAAUUUUAUUGUAAAGGAAUAAGUGGUGAAAAACUCCUUACACUGGACAAUCGCUCGCUAAAAGAAAUCGAAGUCAACAAGAAGAAAGACCGCCGGAAAAUACUUAAGGCUAUUAAGAAAGUUAGAGAUUUUUGGGAAAAAAAUCAUCAUUUCGUCUUAUUAUAGAAAUUGAUGGAAAGAAGACACAGAACCUGAAAGAUGGCAAAAAUGGAAAAUGCAAUUACUUUUGUUAUAUUGACUUUUCAUCAUUUUACUUCUGUUACUUUUGUUAUAUGAACUUUUAAGGGAUUUUACUUCCAUGUUACUUUUGUUAUAUGAACUUUUAAGGGAUUUUAGUUCCAUGUUACUUUUGUUAUAUGAACUUUUAAUCAUUUUAUUACUGUUACUUUUGUUAUUAUUAACUUUUAAUUAUUUCACUUUCAUGUUACAUUUGUUAUAUGAACUUUCAAGGGAUUUUACUUCCAUGUUAUUUUUGUUAUUACUAACUUUUAAUCAUUUCACUUCCAUGUUACUUGUUAUAUGAACUUUUAAUCAUUUUAUUACUGUUACUUUUUUUAUUAAUUUUUAAUCAUUUCACUUUCGUGUUACAUUUGUUAUAUGAACCUUUAAGGGAUUUUACUUCCAUGUUACUUUUGUUAUAUGAACUUUUAAAGGAUUUUACUUCCAUGUUACUUUUGUUAUAUGAACUUUUAAGGGAUUUUACUUCCAUGUUACUUUUGUUAUAUGAACUUUUAAUCAUUUUAUUACUGUUACUUUUGCUAUUAUUAACUUUUAAUCAUUUCACUUUCAUGUUACUUUUGUUAUAUGAACCUUUAGGGAUUUUACUUCCAUUUUACUUUUGUUAUAUGCACGUUACUUUUGUUAUUGUUAACUUUUAAUCAUUUCACUUCUAUGCUACUUUUUUAUAUGAACUUUUAAGCAUUUUAUUACUGUUACUUUUGUUAUUAUUAACUUUUAAUCUUUUCACUUCUAUGUUACUUUUGUUAUAUGAACUUUUAAGGGAUUUUACAUCCAUGUUACUUUUGUUAUAUGAAGUUUUAAGGAUUUUACGUCCAUGUUACUUUUGUUAUAUGAACUUGUAAGGGAUUUUACUUCCUUGUUACUUUUGUUUCAUGAACCUUUAGGGAUUUUACUUCCAUGUUACUUUUGUUAUAUGCACGUUACUUUUGUUAUUAUUAACUUUUAAUUAUUUCACUUCUAUGUUACUUUUGUUAUAUCAACUUUUAAGGGAUUUUACAUCCAUGUUACUUUUGUUAUAUGAACUUUUAAGGAAUUUACUUCUAUGUUACUUUUGUUAUAUGAACUUUUAAUGGAUUUUACUUCCAUGUAACUUUUGUUAUAUGAACG